AUGAGCGCCUACCCGCCCAAGGAGUACCAGCACCUCGACCAAGGGACCACUUCCUACCCAGCUUGCUCAGGUACCAUUCCAGCCUGUGACAGCUAUCAGUCAGAUGGGCGCUUUGGGGUGAUAGGGGUGGGUGCUAGUGGGUCCAAUGCCCACCACCAACAAGGCUAUCCUCCUCCUCUUCCUCACAGCCCAGCUAGCCUUGGUAUCUCCUUCACCAGUCCUUCUCAUCAAGGAGGAGGAGGGGGAUACGCAAACUCAGGUUGCAACCUCAGCUUCACCAACCCUCAGUUCUACCAUGACUCCCCAGAGACGGAUGGAGCUUACUUUCAGACCUCGGCCUAUCCUGCCAGCUUGGCUGCAGCUUCCUCCCAUUCCUCUUCCCAUCUAGUGGGAAGUAUACCUGAUGCUUUUUGUGCAGCCACCCCGGGCCAAUUCCAACCACACCAAUAUGAUUCUGAUCAGGGGAGCUACUUGCAAGGGGCUUUGGGCAAUCUUUCCCCACCUCUAUCUGAGAACAAAGAGCCGAGAGCUUGCCGGGCCCAUCCUUCUCCCAUGGCUGCUGCUGCUGUUGCUGCUGUUGCUGCUGCCACUGCUACCACCAGCCAGACCUUCGACUGGAUGAAAGUGAAAAGGAAUCCUCCCAGAACAGCGAAAGUGACUGACUAUGGAUUAGCCGUCCAUGCCAGCACGAUCCGGACCAAUUUCACCACCAAACAACUGACGGAGCUGGAGAAAGAGUUUCACUUCAGCAGGUAUCUCACUCGAGCCAGGCGAGUGGAGAUCGCUGCUACUUUGGAGUUGAACGAGACUCAGGUAAAAAUCUGGUUCCAGAAUCGGAGGAUGAAACAGAAGAAGAGGGAAAAGGAAGGAAUGGCUGGUUCCCAUCCCAUUGCCGCCGCGGCUUUCCGCGACUCUACCAAGGAAAGCAGCGAGGCUGUGUCGUCUGACAGAUCCAGCGGGCCCUCCACCCCCGAAACUUCUCCGAGCUCGGUGUCCUCUUGA